GAGUUCUACGCCUCUUACUUUGCUCUUCCUCUCUAGUUCUUAGACAGCCACAAAAUCCAUUUUCUCUUUCCGUUCUCAAUUCUUAGCCGUUGAUGAUCUAAAUCGAUCAAUCAAACAUAACAGAGAACCAGAGCUUUGAAACUCUGAAAAACAGAGGAAACCAGAGUAAAGAGUCUUGUUUUAUUUUUGUGUCGUCAAACAUUUUUCGAUAUACUCUUCUCUCUUUCUUUGUCUUGUCUUAACCGUCGCUUAUCUGUCUCCGGUCCGAAACUAGCUCUGUUCAUUGGUUUUGUCUGAUCUGUUUUUGAACGAUGAGGAGGUUAAGAGGGAUCAAAAUUAGAAGACCGAUUCAACGAAUCUCGAGAUGGAUCCUUCGGAAAACCCGUAUCCGCCGUUCGAGACACAUCCGGUUAACUCCGACCCGACCGGUUUGCAAGCCGCGAGCUCGAGCCAUCACAAAACUCAUAAGCUGGGGUCGUAGCCUCACAUCCCACAGCGCCAGGUUUCUCGGGUCUAAAAGAUCAAAUUCCGGGUAUAUACCAAUUGGUCAGGAACCGAUUCGAGAUAAACCCGAUCCGGUUCCGAAAGGUCAUUCGGCGGUUUACGUUGGUAAACAAGACGGCGACUUUCACAGAGUUCUGGUGCCCAUCGUUUACUUUAACCAUCCUCUGUUCGGUGAGCUUCUGAGAGAGGCAGAAGAAGAAUUUGGGUUUUGUCAAGAAGGUGGAAUCACCAUCCCUUGUCCUUACUCUGAUUUCAAACGGGUCCAGACCCGAAUUGAAUCCGGGUCGGGUUUCGGUAAAUUUUCCUGGAGCCGGCGCCGGCAAUAACGACGACUGAAGAAAACGGUUCAUGAUGAUGAUGAUGAAAAAAGUUUUAACCUUUGUUAUUUUUUUUGUCACUAUUUUCUAUGUUUUGUCACUUUGUGACCCUUUUCACUUGUCACUUUUUUUUACCCUUUUGUUAGAUAUAUGUAUAUGUGAAAAUGAGAUUUAUUUAGUUUUAAACUAAGACGACAAUGUAAAUAAUUUAGAGAUUUUUCUUUUCCCGUAGUUGCAUGAGUGCUUUUGGUGGGACUAUGAUUAUGAAUUUAU